AGUUCUCUACUGUAUUUGCACGCUUUACCUUCACCCUCCGCCUGCGUCCCGAGGCCCCCGGUAGACAGGAGAAAACGGGCCAAGAAGAAGUCAACAUCUGCUGAGCCAUACCAAGAUUAAGGUUAUGAAACAAUGGAUGACUGACAAAUAAGAAAUAUUGACUUUAGUAGUUCCAGGAGUAGAGCGUCACAUCAAUAUUUGAUUUUUUUUUUCCUCUCACAUUUUUGGCUCGAGAUAUUUUCUCCCUCUUUUUGGCAAAAGGAGACAACUUUACGUUUGGAUUUUUCCACCCGAAAACUUCGAACUUUGCGAAGGAUUUUAUAUUUAUUUUGAUUUUUUCUAUUUCUUCCCCAAAAUAAUCCGGUCACAGAUACGUCUUUCCCCUCCAGAGAUUUGUGUUGGGGAUGUUGAGCUCUGUGAAGAUGGAAACCCAUGAUCUACCAGAGUGGAAUACUUUCUACAGCGAGGCCAGUGAGAUGUAUUCCUCUCCCAGCACUAUGAACUCUGGUCUGGGCUCCAUGGGCUCCAUGGGCACCAUCAACAGCUACAUCAACCUGAACCCGGCCACCGCCUCCCCUGCAGGUAUGAACAUGGCAUACCCCAGCUCCAGCCUCAGCAGUUCCCCGCUGGCCUCCAUGGGCUCUGGGGCCGGCCACAUGUCUCUCUCCCCCGUGGCCCCGUCCCUCAGCUCAGGCUCUCUAACUCAGCUGGGCCCCGCUGCUCCCGGUUCCCUGGGCUCCCUGUCCCACUACCAGAACAUGGGCCAGUCUAUGAGCCAACUGGGAUACCCCUCCACUGCGAGCCUGAGCCGAGCCGGGCCCAAAGAGAUUCCCCCGAAGCCCUACCGACGCUCCCUGACCCACGCCAAGCCACCAUACUCAUACAUCUCCCUCAUCACCAUGGCAAUCCAGCAGAGUGGCAGCAAGAUGCUCACCCUGAACGAGAUCUAUCAGUGGAUCAUGGACCUGUUCCCUUACUACCGCGAGAACCAGCAGCGCUGGCAAAACUCCAUCCGUCACUCGCUCUCCUUCAACGACUGCUUUGUGAAGGUGGCUCGCUCACCAGAUAAGCCAGGCAAAGGUUCUUACUGGACUCUGCACCCACAGUCAGGCAACAUGUUUGAGAACGGCUGCUACCUGAGGCGCCAGAAACGCUUCAAGAUUGAGGACAAGAUGGCAAAGAAAGGAAGCAAGAGCCAGGAAGUGGGCUCAGGGAAAGGAGGCCACAGUGGAGAUCACCUGGUGGAGGAUCGCAGCCCCACAGGAGGAUCAGAGGGAGCCGAUUCUGCCCACUCAGACAACUCCCACCCGGGUUCUUCAGAUGACCAGCCGCAUCCCAGAAACUCCCUGGUUCCACUAGACUGCCCACCGCUGUCCUCCUCACACUUGCACAGUCCGCCUGUCUCCCUGCCUCCAUCCUCCUCCACCUCCUCCUCCAUCCCUCCAUCUUCCUUGUCCCUCUCUGCCACCUCCUCAUCCAACCCGCUCCUCCACUCCCAGUCUUUAGCAGGUAGCACCCACCUCCUGCCCAGCACCAUGCAGCAGCACAUGGACCUACAGAGCGACGCUCUCAAGUCCCUGGACCCCCACUACAACUUCAACCACCCCUUCUCCAUCACCAACCUCAUGUCCAAUGAGCAGAAGAUGGACCUCAAGUCCUACCAGGACCAGGUGAUGGCCUACAACAGCUAUGCCGGUGGCUCUCCUGUGGGAGCCAAGCAGAUCUAUGACAGCUCCGGGCCAGCCACCAUGGACUCAGGUGCUUAUUACCAAACUCUGUACAGUCGCUCAGUGCUCAACGCCUCCUAAUAUGGACAGUCACCCACCCACGCACGGACACCUGUCUGUGGUGGUGAGCCAAGAUGGAGACUUCUCUUUCUCUCUGCCUUUUCUAAAAUGGACACCCAAGCUCUCUUUAUCUUCCUCUUUCUUUCUCUCUCCCUCUCUGGCUCACGUCCAGUGGCCUUGGAAGAGACUCACAUCUAAAAUGGCUGCCGUGUUUGAGGGACCAAAGAACAUGGAGACUGGGUUGGUUACAUGGAGGACAGAAAAGUGAAGUUGGAUGAUAAGAAGUCUUAACUAAGGAUGAAGACAGUUGACUCUGCUGUGUGUAAGUCAAUACAGAUGUCAGAUCCCGUCUUUGCCCGUCGCAGGAGAAACUGCAUGUGGCAAAAUUGGCUUUGUACAAAAUGUAAAUAGAGCUAAUGUGGGGGGAAAAGGAUAUUUGCAUUUAUUUAUGAAGGGAAUAAAUUUUAAUAUAUCUUGUAUAGUGCUCUGUCGACCAGUUACAACCCAAAUGUGAGUUUGUGUUUUUUUUUUUAACCAAAGACGGAGAGAAGGAGGCAAGUUUCAGGUUACUGCUUCAGGCAGGUGUUACUGCAGAGGGAGACAGGUUAAAAAAAAAAAAAGUUUAAAAAAUUUUGUUACAGCAUUUCACACUACAUUCCGUCAUUUCUGUCACAUCAGACAUCCGUCAAUGUACAUGUAGCUCAUGAAGUUUGUUCUUUCAAAAUAAAGAUUUGUAAGUGUGUUUGAUAUGAAGACAAAAAAAGCCGUCCUUUCGUCCUUACUGAAGCACAGACGAAACAGAAAUAAAUUAAAAAACAAACUUCUACAGCCAGAAGGAAAGAGGCAAAGUAACUGUGGUAAAAAAAAAAAAAAAUCUUAAAAAAAGAGCAUGCUGUGUUUCUGUUUAAUGGCCCCAAACAUUCCCUGUUGUUACCUAUGUGAGAGCAUUAAAACUAAAUGCUUUUCCUCAGACUGUAACAUUUUGAAUAAGAGACAGCUGGUGAGGUGCAUGGGGGAGUUUAGUCAGUUACUAAAACAGUGGAAGGGAGGAGAGAUGCACUAUAGGAGGAUUUACAUACAGUACUUUGCACUAUGGAGCUCCCACUUGUCAGGUGGGCUGAUAGUGUGUGUGUUUGUGUGUGUGUGUGUUACAACAAUUCUUAGGAAUGCCCCCCCCCACCCCCACCCAGACCC